GCCUUGAACUGCCACAGGAUGAAGCCAGCUCUUUUCAGCGUGCUCUGUGAGAUCAAGGAGAAAACAGUGUUAAGUAUUCGCGGUAUUCAGGAAGAAGAUCCCCCAGAUGCUCAGCUAAUGAGACUAGAUAACAUGUUGCUGGCAGAGGGUGUCUCCGGGCCCGAGAAAAGAGGAAGAGGAGGACCGAUGGCUGUAGCAGCAACAUCAGGUGGCUGUCCAAAUGACAAUAGCAUUGAACACUCUGACUACAGGGCCAAGCUGUCACAGAUCCGACAGAUAUACCACUCUGAGCUAGAGAAAUAUGAACAGGCCUGCAGCGAGUUCACCACCCACGUCAUGAACCUGCUUAGGGAACAGAGCAGGACGAGACCCAUUUCGCCGAAAGAGAUCGAGCGCAUGGUGAACAUAAUCCACGGCAAAUUCAGCACCAUCCAGAUGCAGCUGAAGCAGAGCACGUGCGAGGCAGUGAUGAUCCUGCGUUCACGCUUUCUCGAUGCAAGGCGUAAACGACGUAAUUUCAGCAAACAGGCGACAGAAGUACUGAACGAAUAUUUUUAUUCGCAUCUGAGUAACCCUUACCCCAGCGAAGAGGCCAAAGAAGAGCUGGCAAAGAAAGGUGGCAUCACAGUUUCGCAGGUUUCCAACUGGUUUGGUAACAAAAGAAUUCGCUACAAAAAAAACAUGGGCAAGUUCCAAGAAGAAGCCAAUAUUUAUGCCGCAAAAACAGCAGUGGAUGCAACUAACGUCGUGGCUCAAGGCAACCAGGCAAAUUCUCCGUCUACACCAAAUUCAGCUUCCUCUGGCUCUUUCAAGAUGACAAAUUCUGGAGAUUCGUUCAUAAACUUGCAGUCACUGACUUCCUACCAGAGCUCCCCGGUGGGAGCCAAUGUGCAGUCGCAGAUGGAUUCCUUACAUCAUGUCAUACACCAGACAGGAAGAUACGACACGAUUGUGGGGAACCCUUUGUAUACGACGCAGCGCAUUGAUGCUAAUGGCAGCUGGCAGGAUGCUACCACCCCUUCAUCAAUCACUUCACCUGCUGGAGACCCUGGAAGUGUUAAUUCGGAUGCGUCUAAUUAA